AAUCACAGGGCAGCCUCGGAGCAGCUGGGGCGCUCGUCCAGCCUUUAUAAAGUUUAGCGCAGCGUUACUGCAGCAGGUUAUUUUUCUUCACUUUCAGCGUCGAGAAUUUUUAGAUAGGAGCCAUGAUGAAGCUGCUGCUGGCUGUACUGGCCGUUGGCCUGAGCUCGGUCCUCUCAGCCCCCCAUCUGGACCCACAGCUGGAUGAGCACUGGAACCUGUGGAAGAGCUGGCACACUAAAAAAUACCACGAGAAGGAGGAGGGCUGGAGGAGAAUGGUGUGGGAGAAGAACUUGAAGAAGAUCGAGCUGCACAACCUGGAGCACUCCAUGGGCAAACACACCUACCGCCUGGGCAUGAACCACUUUGGAGACAUGACCAACGAGGAGUUCAGGCAGCUCAUGAACGGCUACAAGCACAAAGCAGAGAGAAAGGUGAAGGGGUCCCUGUUCUUGGAGCCCAACUUCCUGGAGGCCCCUCGUUCUCUGGACUGGAGGGAUAAGGGCUACGUGACUCCCGUUAAGGACCAGGGUCAGUGUGGCUCCUGCUGGGCUUUCAGUGCCACCGGAGCUCUGGAGGGUCAGCAGUUCAGGAAGACGGGCAAGAUGGUGUCGCUGAGCGAGCAGAACCUGGUGGAAUGCUCCAAACCCGAGGGUAACGAGGGCUGCAACGGAGGUCUGAUGGACCAGGCCUUCCAGUACGUCAAGGACAACCAGGGCCUGGACUCUGAGGAGUCCUACCCUUACCUGGGAACCGAUGACCAGCAAUGCCAUUACGACCCCCAGUACAACUCUGUCAAUGACACCGGGUUCGUGGACAUCAAGAGCGGCAGCGAGCAUGCUCUGAUGAAGGCCGUUGCUGCUGUUGGACCCAUUUCAGUCGCCAUUGAUGCUGGCCACGAGUCUUUCCAGUUUUACCAGUCAGGAAUCUACUAUGAGCCAGAGUGCAGCAGCGAGGAGCUGGACCACGGCGUGCUGUUGGUGGGCUACGGCUUUGAGGGAGAAGAUGUGGACGGCAAGAAGUACUGGAUCGUCAAGAACAGCUGGAGUGAGAACUGGGGAGACAAAGGCUACGUCUACAUGGCUAAAGACCGACAGAACCACUGUGGUAUUGCGACAGCAGCCAGCUACCCUCUGGUGUGAGGCCGGCUCCACCUCGUAGCACCGUAGUGUUUUUAUUCUAAUACUCUGGACAGGAGGGACGACGCAGCAGUCGACGUGAGACACGCAGGAGAUUCUGAUGUUUCACCAUCAAUAACACUGAUUUUAGGGAAAUUGCCCGUUUUUGUUUUCUGCUACUUCAUAUUGUCAGGAAAAAAAAUUAGCUCAUCGUUUUAUUCUCUGUAAAUAUGUGUAUGCUACUUGGUAAGUGAUCAUUAUCACUUGCUAUGGUCAUUGU